CUUUGUUUCUCUUUUAAAUAGUGGAGUUCCCUAUUAGAAAUGGCUACAACAUUGCAGAGGACGUUACGCUCCUUCGUCUCCACCAUCCAAUACUGUUACUUUCUUAUCUAUCAAGACAAUCACCAUAAAUCAUAUCAAACUAACAGAUCCUACACCCAUCGAAAGGAAAUGCCUAAGGCUCGUCCACUAUCGUUGCAGACUGUGGAGCUUAAAGUGAGGAUGUGUUGCGAUGGCUGCGCAAGAGUUGUCAAAAAUGCCAUACACAAGCUUAGAGGGGUUGAUUCAGUGGAGGUGGAGUUAGAGAUGGAGAAGGUGACGGUGACAGGGUACGUGGACCGGAAUAAGGUUUUGAAAGCAGUGAGGAGGAGUGGGAAGAAAGCAGAAUUUUGGCCUUACCCAGACCCACCUUUGUACUUCACGUCGGCGAAUUAUUACUUCAAGGACACAACCCAUGACUAUAAAGAGAGCUACAACUACUGGAGGCAUGGUUACAAUAUUGCAGACAGACAUGGUGUUAUUCCUGCUACUUCCAGAGGCGACGAUAAGGUUAGCAACAUGUUCAAUGAUGACAACGUCAACGCUUGCUGCCUCAUGUAAUUGAUCUAAUCUCUCUGCACCUAUCUUCAAUAUCUUCCUCUUCAUCUUCUGUUUUCAUCGAUCCGUGUAAAUUACAGAUGUACUAUGCGUAAUUAGAACUCCUGAUAAGUACUUCUUAAGAGUUAUAUCUGAUUAAUCGGUGCAUUUUUGGUA